AUUGAUGAAUGGAUGAUUCGAAAGCUUUCUCUGAGCUGCCCCAUUGAAUUUCUUAGUGGGCUUCAUUAGAAUUAUAUUAAAAAACUGUAUUUACGUUUCUUUCAAUCAGCAGCUCCUCGAUAUACCUCGAAACAUCGAGGUAAUGAUCGAAACCUGAUUAAAGUAUCUUCUAAAUUAUUUAUAAACAUGAUUCACGUACUUCGGGAUCGUCGGAUUUUACAGGAGGUCAAUCGAUUGAAUGAAAGCUGCAUUUGGACAAUAGGAAUCACAAAAUGAGAGCUUGCAGCAGGUUCAUAGCCUGGCAAUGUUCCGCAUGAACAUUUACAUAAUAGUCUCGUUACAUAUUGCAAUUGUCAACUGCCACAGUAUGACAUUAUAUGCCUGGCGCAAUCAGCCGGAAGACCCUCUGCAGGAUUUACUAAAUUACAUACUCCAGCAGAUGAUGCAGAAGAGCAAGUGCAUCGUGUUCGUGCUCGAUCCAUACUAUCGCAAGUUAAUUCGUUAUAACUGGGAGCAUCUGCGUAUUAUACCUUACUAUUCAAUUUAUAUAGAAGAGGCUGAGGAAUUAACACCACCAAUGAGUCGACUUCAGGAUAUCUUACACAAGAGCAAGGAUGAUGGGUGUGAUGCUUAUGUACUUUUAAUUACUAAUGGAUUUCAAAUAUCGUUAUUAUUGGAAUACGCAGAGAGGAAUCGAAUGAUAAAUACUCAUGGAAAUUUUCUCCUAAUCCAUCAUCCUGUGCUAUUCGAUGUGGAGAUGAAAUAUAUUUGGAAGAAGAUAACGAAAGUGCUGUUCAUUCAACGAUUCAGGAUAUUAAUGAGACACUCUGAUAAAAUAAUGAAAGAGUGGUUUAAUCUCGAGACGGUCUACUAUCCAAUUCGAGGGAAAAAUUCCGUGAAAACUAAAUACGUCAACACCUGGUAUAGGGGCAGAAUGUUGAAGAAAGAUGUUGACAAUCCAUUUACCAACAAAAGUCUAAGUUUGGAGGGAACAUGGUUGAAAGUUGCUAUUUUCGAACAUAUCCCAGCAGUCACACGAUAUUCUAGACAGUUGUAUAGAAAUUAUCGAACAUUCAAUGAAAAAGCCGUCGGUGUAGAAUUCGAGAUAUUGCGAGUUCUUACUGACAAAAUGCAUUUUGAACCGAUUUUCUACACUCCUGAAGAUAUAGAAACCGAAAAAUGGGGAACCAUGAAGCACAAUGGGACUUACAAUGGUCUCCUGGGUGAAGCAGAACGAGGAAAUGCCGAAUUUUUUUUAGGAGACCUUCACUACAGCAUGAGACACUUCCAACUAUUGGAGUUGUCCUAUCCAUAUAACUCUGAAUGCCUCACAUUCUUAACUCCUGAAUCGCUGACUGAUAAUUCUUGGAAACUCCUGAUCUCUCCGUUCAGACUCUACGCAUGGAUAGCUGUGAUCCUAGUUCUUUUGUUGGGUGCCAGUGCCUUUCACGUCUUCGCAUUAUUUUAUCAGAACCAAAUAAUGCCAUAUGUGAGAAAUUCACAAGCUCAGGGUGUCAUAAUUUCAGAAGUAAGGUCAUUAGUAUUGCGAACCAACCCUCCGAGACUUCCGAUGACUAGAGGAAGAGAAUGGGACGAGCAAAUGAAGGGCUUGACCCUCUUUACUGAUAUCCAGAACAGCAUGCUCUACACGUACAGCAUGCUCCUUCAAGUCUCCCUGCCAAGAUUACCAAGACCAUGGGCCCUCAGGGUCUUCAUCGGAUGGUGGCUGCUCUUCGCCAUUCUUGUGACUGUCGCUUAUAAAGCGAGUAUGACCGCUACGCUAGCUAAUCCUGUCGCAAAAAUUACAAUCGACACACUGCAACAGCUAGCCAAAAGCAAAAUUCCAGUUGGUGGAUGGAGUGAUGAGCAACGAGAUUUAUUUGGCUCAUCACUAGACUCAGAUCUGGUUGAAAUUGCUACGAGAUUUGAGCUGACAGUCAAGGAGGAUGAUGCUGUGGCCAGAGUGGCCAAUGGAACAUUCGGAUAUUACGAGAAUAUCCACACUCUCCAGGAGGCUCGAGCCAAACGCCAAUUGUUGGAAGAAAUGCACAAGAAAAAGUCGACUCACGAGGAAAAGGUCAUAGAUGAUCGGAAUUUGCAUAUUAUGUCAGAGUGCGUAAUUUAUAUGCCAAUAUCAAUUGGCAUGGAUAGGAAUUCACCGCUGAUGCCUCGAGUUAAUGAAAUUGUGAGACGAGUGGUGGAAGCAGGCUUUGUAGAGAAGUGGUUGAGCGAUGUGACGGAAUGGUCCAAAAUAGCUGAACUUAAGGACGAAUCUCCUGCUGCCAAGGCCACGGUGAAUCUCCACAAGCUCCACGGGGCCCUAGUGGCACUGGGUAUCGGAUAUUUUCUCGGUUUCUUCGCACUGAUGAUCGAGCAGAUAUACUGGAAUUAUUUCGUAAUGAAAAACCCAGCAUUUGAUAAGUAUCAACUGGAUGUUUUUUAUUCCGUGCCCAGAUUGAACUUCAUGAAUAAAUAAAUCUUGAGGCAAAAAUGAUGAAAGCAUCAUUGAAUAGAGGAGUCGAGCAGAAGCUAUCGAGCAAGAUCGAAAACCUUCGUUGAACUAUUACUGACGAUAUCCUGAAUCCUUCAUGUUUCUUUGUAAUUUUUUACUGUGUUGAUUUUCCUCAUCAUUGAACAUGACAGAGAGAAAUUAUGACAUUUAAUAAGCCAUCACUGCCAGGAAUACUUCCGUUUUAACAAUCAAAAAUAAUACUGAACUUAUAUUUUCAAUUAAAUUAAAUUGAGGAAAACGUAGAAAAAUGUAUUAAUUGAAUAUCUAUAUUAUCCCCUAAUUUAAUUUGUUGCUCGAUCCACUUUGCACGAUUCUGAAGCAUAAAUUGCUUAGAAAGUGGAAUCGUUUGGAUGAUGUUGUCCAUUAUCUUUCCGAACCUUUGAAUGCACCUUUAAUUUAACUUAUACCUCAAAAACAUCUGAAUCAUUCUCUAGAAAAAUAUAAAAACGAAAAACAAGUGUUAAUAACGACAUGAACUGAAUAUUUCCUUCACUAUCCCCCAUAUAUUAUAUCAGAUAAUCUACAAUUUUUUUACACACACCUUCACU